AUACUUAAACAGCAUACCUUUCCUGUUUUGGGCCUUCAUUUUAAUACCCAUCUUUUCUUCAAUGGGUUGUUGAUCAACGUCAAAUGAAAUUAUUCAUGUCUAAUAAAUAAUAAAGUGUAAUUAUUUCAUUUCAUUUUUAGGUAAUUUUUCUCUAUUUUCACCAUGCCCAUCGUCUUGUGGAAAACAGAUCCGAAUGAGAAAAUGCAAAAAUUCCAGGAAUGAUCUUGUAUCACAACGUAAUGCUGAACUGAACAUGCGUAUCUGUCAUCCCCAGUCCCCUGCCCAAUGCCCACGCCCAGGGGUGGCUAUAACAGAUGCAGGUACAAUCACAAUAGGGGGAACUGUGGUAUAUCCUCCCUUCAAUUAUCGUUGGAUGGUUCACAUUUCAUGGUUCGGUAAAGUUCAUUGUGGUGGCACAAUUCUUAGUCCAAGACAUAUUCUAACAGCAGCCCACUGUUUUAAAAAUUUCCCAAUUAAUUUCAUCAAAUUGGUCAUGCUUAUAAAAACUGGUAAACAUAAUGUAUCAGCUACUGAACCACCACUUGAACAAAACCGAACAAUUCAAAGUGUAACAAUACAUACUGCUUUUAACCCAAUUACUUUAGAUAAUGAUAUUGCUAUUAUCACACUUGAUUCUCCACUUCAGUUUAACAAUCAUACACAUCCAAUCAAUCUCCCAACUGACACAUUUGAAGAUUCAAGAAGGAAAAUAAAGAAGGGUUUAUGUAAAGUUCUAGGAUGGGGAGCAACUGAUGCUUCAAGUCUGGGCCAGAUGGCAGAUGUUUUAAAUGAGGUUAACAUCAAUCUUCAAAGAAAGAACUGUACCCUUAAAUUAUUAUCAGACAGAGAAAAGGUGACAGACAAUAUGUUCUGCGCCACUGCUUUAAACCCUAAUAAGACCUAUGGGUCAUUGAGAUUGGAUUCUUGUUUUGGGGACUCUGGGGGACCUUUGAUGUGCCGUCAGGGGGAUAAAUGGUACCAGUAUGGCAUAGUGAGUUGGGGUCCUGAUUCAUGUGGGGAACAAUCUGGGGUAUACGUCAAAAUAUCAAACUAUUUAGAUUGGAUCAAAAGUGAAAUUUCAACUCCUGGGGGCUGGGGAAAUUUCAGUGGAUAUUCACCAUGUUCAGUAGCAUGUGGAGGAGGAACCAAGUCCAGGGUGAGAGUAUGUACAGACCCUGAACCCAUUGGGAAUGGUGAAUGUCCUGGCUAUAGCUUUAAGACAGCUGGUGGUAACUUUGUGCAGGUAGAAGAUGUGGAAUGCAACACAAACGCGUGUGGUUGAUUCCCAUAAUUGGCAGUCUGAGAAUGAAAUCUGAACAUGGAUAAUUGAAUAUAUUAUGAUUCUGAUGAAAUCACUUGAAAUAUAUUAAUCUAUUGAAAUUCAAAAAA